UGGGUUUUCUUGUAUUCGUCUAAUUGCUGCAAAAAAAAUUUCUGAUUUUUGUGGCUUUGGACAGAACAACUUGUGUAGUUCGUGGACAGAUUCUCCAAACUUCUGUCUAAUCCUUUGCUUUGUAGCCGAAAGAAACUCUCUCUCAAAACAAACAAUGGAAUGCAACGAGGAAGAAGCUAGAAGAGCAAUGGGUAUUGCUGAGAAGAGACUCUUAGAGAAUGAUUACCACGGAGCCAAAACAUUCAUUAACCAGGCAAGGAGUUUGAAUCCAAAUCUUGAUGGUUUACAACAAGCCCUGAUUAUGAUCGAUGUUUAUAUCUCUGCAUCUACCAGGAGAGGAAGAGAAGCUGAUUGGUAUGAGAUUCUCGGUGUAGAUCGCUUAGCAGAUGACGAAACCGUCAAGAAACAGUACAAGAAGUUGGCUCUUUUGCUUCACCCGGACAAGAACAAGUUCAGCGGUGCAGAAGGCGCGUUUAAACUGGUUUUAGAAGCUUGGUCUGAUCAUCAAGGAAAACAUAAAAAGAGUGGAAUGCAGAAACCACCAAAGCCACACGAGCCAGCUCCAUCUAACAAGCCAAAGCCAAAGCCAAAGCCAAAGCCAAAGCCUAGGCAUGAGCCUGAACUAACGCCUAAGUUUGAACCUACUUUUUGGACAGUGUGCAGUAGAUGCAAGACGUAUUGUGAAUUCUUGAGGGCUGAUUACCUUAACAAAACAUUGUCUUGUCCAAAUUGCUGCCGGAGAUUCAUUGCAGUCGAGGCUAUUCCAGAGAUCAUUAAUGGUAGGCCUGUCAUCAGAUUGAGUCCCUCUCAGGAAACGUUUUCUUCAACUUGGGCAUAUGAUAGCAGAAAAAAGUCCACGAGUCAAACACACAAGAGAUUGAAAAGAUGGUUUGAGCCUAAGCUUGAGUCUGAUUCUGUGCCAAGAGAGGAGAAAGUUCGUAACUUUACGUUUUGGACAGUGUGCAAUAGAUGCAAGACGUAUUGUAGAUUUGCCAGGUCUAGUUAUGUUAACAAGAUCUUGCCUUGUCCAAACUGUCGUGAAGAUUUCGUUGCGAAUGAGAUCAUUCCAGAGGUAGUCAAUGGGAGUCCUGUCAUCAAAUUGACUCCACAUUUUCGACCAACAUGCAAAAGCACAAGUGGUGCUUCUUCUUUUACAAGAGCGUCACCAUCUUCUGGUAGCGCAAAAGCUGCAAAUAGUGGACAAGAAUCAGUGAAAUAUUGGUUUGGGGAGUCAUAAGAAUGUUUCUGCUGCUAGAGAGGCUUUGCAAGAAACGAUGGCAGCAACAAGUGCAAACUGUUCUCUUGAAACACAGGAUUUUCAAGAAACCAAAGAGAAGAAAAGCAACACCAUGUUUGUGGAAGUCUACUCCAAGUUCCAGCUUCUGCCAUUUUCUUACUACACCAACGAUCCGGAAAGCAUGACCCGCACAUGAAAAUCAUGUGAAAACUGUCUAGAAACGUUUAAACCUCUACCCUUGAUUGUAUUGACCUAG